GCCUGAAUAGGCAACUCUUCUCAAAGUGUUGCCUAAUAUAGACAACGUUGAAGUAUCGCACUUGAACUGACUAUACCAGAAGUCUCAAGUCUGCAUAAACGACAUACAUAUAAAUAUGGAGCAUAACUUGAUGUUCUCAUCAGCACCUCAGCCAGGAGCUCAUCAUGUCCCCCCAUCUUAAUCUUCCUCCGACCUCUGUCAGAGGGCCUAGUCUUGCCUACCAGUCCAGGGAUGUCAUGCCCCCAUGGUCAUCCUCAUCUCAUCAUUCAAAUACUAUGUAUGCACCUGCAUCCCCUCCCACCAUAAUUCGUCGUCUGUCGCUCUAUCAUGAUAUGGACCGCGCAAAAAGAAGAUUCAAGCCUUACGAGAGGGAUGGUUCCACUACGUGGGCCCCCCGCUUUGCUGAGGGCCAUAUUACCCCAGGAAACACUGAUACCAGCCUCACGGAUGUUCAAAACGGCAAACAUCUACUACAUCGUGGCUUGAGACACCUGUCCAGCGAGGCCAUCGCUCAAGCCCUCCUCACGAAGGAAGCUGAUCUUGAAUGCAGGCGCCUGACCGCAUUGUUGACCGCUUGGCGAAUUGAGGCGUCCGAGCGACACACAAAGUUCCUUUCCUUCACAUCGUUCUUGAGUCUGAUGCCAAAACCUAUGCUACCGUUGCUUCAGAACCUCUCGGAACCUCCCUUGAAACCCUUGUUGACUGCAGCAAGGAGGAACUCCAAGACCGCACGGACUUUGGUGUCGUCGCAUUUAACCAUGACGCGACGUCGUUAGCUGUUGCGGACGAACAGAUGACUCACAUGGAGAAUUUCGCUUGUGAGCGCUAUCACUGGGACGAAGAAGAAGCUGCUGCGGAUUGCAGUCAAACGCUUUCCGCAGACUCUGAC